AUGAGACUUUCAAUACUUUUGCUAUGCACCUUCACAAUAGUCAGAUGUGCCAGUGUCAAAGUGAAUAAUAAUAAUAAUAACUAUACUAAACAAUAUGAUCCUGAAUUUGGCUAUGAUUAUGAUUAUGACUAUGAGCAAGAUGACUUAGGCUAUGAAAUGGUUCUUAGUAGGAGUAAGAAAAACGAGUCACGUGACUUGCAUGAGAUGGCGGUUGUUGCAGCGUUGCAACACUCUACUGGUAUGCAGUACGAGAUCAUUCCAAGCGUUGUGUCCUUUACGCAUGUUAAAGUCGAGUCAUUAGAUGAACUUGAAGAAAUGCUUAAACAUAAGUCGCUUGAUGAGUCUAACGUGUACCAUCUUCCAGGCCUGUCCAUUUUCAUCCAUCGUACGGCAUUAAACAGUGCUGCGAUGAGUAGUGGAAUCGAUGCUUAUUUUGCAGUGGCUGGUAAAUCUAAUCUCAAACCGGAAAAACGCGAGACCCGGUGGUUUCACGUGCGCGCUAGCAAAUACAAGUCGGUGUUGGGACGGUCAGUGCCCGUAUCUGCGUGUUUUAGUCAAGAACAUGGUGAAGGAGGUACCAUAUAUAAUGCCAUUCAACAAUCCUUUGGAGGGUCCAGUAACUUUGCCAUUUCUACGGGAAUCAUUGCUCUUGUUGGUCCUCUGGAAAUCAUAGGAGCUGCAUGGACCAUUGGAGCCUCGGUCAAUGCAAAGGGAACAGUUACUUGUAAUGUGAAAAAAGGUCAAACAGGACAAAUUGCCUUAAUGCCAUAUGUUACCAAGUUCCCUGAUGCUAAGUAUCGAGAAGUAGAAACGUCUUCUGGUUACUUUGAGUAUUCAAAAUGGCACAGUGCAUCUCACAUUAGUGUCAUUGAUACUUCGAGGCAAGCUGUUGUUCAAUGUAUUACUAAGCCUGAAGAUUUGAGGUGUGAUGUUGGCUUUGGUCAGUUCGAUUACAACAGUUUUUUAUAA